AUGUUAAAAAUCAAUUUAAAGGAGAUUAGAUAAAAAAGGAGCAAUUUGAAUCUACUAUAAAAAUAGAAAUGUCAAAUUUUAGGACAAAGAUUUUAUUAGAAUUAGCAUUCUAAAUCUUUUGAAUUGCCAUCAGUUUCUUUACUAUAAUCUAAUCAAUAAUAGAGAUAACAACCAAAGUUUAGAAAUAAUCUAAAUAUACCAAAUGUUUCACAUCUUAGACAAUCAUCAAGAAGAUCGUCUAGAUUAGAAAAAGUUGAAAUUUCAGAAGUAGUUUAAAAUACAAGUAAUAUUAUUCCUGAGAGUCCUGUGAAAAAGUGUAUUAUUAGAAGAUUCAGUCAAUAUGAAUAUAUUAGUUCAAAAUAAAAAAGACUUAAUAAUAUAGCUCCUUAAUUUUAAGUCUUUUAACAUUCUAAAGAUGUUGCAAUAUUAAAAAAAAAGAAAAUGAAUAGAUUAAAAAUGCAGUAUAGUAUGAUUAAUAACUAAUUAGAAUUUAUGUAAAGAGCAAAUUAAAAAAAACAUUAUCGUCAACAUAGAAGUAGAAGUAUUCCUUUAACAACAAUUCUAAAAAUUACUCAUAAGAGAUCAAAAACUAAUUGCGAUCAACAAUAUUAAGGUCCUAUCACUAAAAUAGAACCAGAACUAGAGAGAAAAAUCUAUAUACUAAUUAGAAGAAAAAGAGAUUCUCAUCUUAUCUUAAGAAGAAGAACUUGUAUAUAAGAACCAAAAAAUAGUGUUUUUGUAUCUAGGGAUAAAUUAUUGAAAUAUCAUGAAGUAAUGGCUAAGAAGUUUGUAUUAAAUCAAAUCUUAUUUUUUAGGAUUAAUUUGAUUCUUCUUGUGAAUCUUCUCCAGUUGUCAUCUAGAGACUAUAAUUUAAAAAAACUUAAUUAUAGAAAUUAUAAACUAUUGAUUCAAGAAAUCACUAAUACCUCACUCCUAGAUUACAUUAUUAGUCAAAUCAUAAUAUAUUUACAAGAAAAUCAUCUCAUAGUGUCAUAGCAUAAUAUGUUCUUGAAAAAACUAAAAAAAAUCAUAAAAAUAAUAAUAUAUUUUAAUCUAAAUUACCAGAUAUUAAUUAACCUAGUUUAAAUGAACUUAAUUAGUAUUUUAUUGCUGUAAAAAAAAAUAGUAUUCAAAUUGAGAAUAAUAUAUAAUAAUUAAUUCAAUCUAAAUCAUCAGAUAAUUUACCUAAAUAAAUUUAAUUAAAUAGCAAAUAAAAUUAGUUUUUAAAUAAAUAAUUUAAUAUUAUGAAAUUAGAUUCAUAAAUAUGCAAUUCUACAAGAAUUAAAACAUUACCUAGUGACACAACAGCCUCUAGGAAUAAAAUUAAUUUUUAAUAAAAAUUAUGGCCAUAUUUCUAAUGA